AUGGUUAUGAAAGCUGGGAGGAAAAGUUGAAAGAAAUCAAAUUUGAUAGUGUGGAUGCUUUUGAAAAUCAAAUGUUUGAUGCAAUUAGGAAUUCAAUUAACAAAGUAACUAGAAAGAAAAGAAAACAAAGAUGA